AGAAUAUACUGAUAGAAGAACUAAAACUUGAGGCACCAUCCAAAUCUGAAGGAGAAAUUGCCAGAACUGAGAGCCCUUCACUCAAACCAGAAUGCUCCAAAGUCUUCCACCCCAUUCAGCCCAUCCCACUGGGCCACAGCACAUUCAGAACCUAAAGAAACCCCUGGGGAUACACUUUUCUUUAAUCAAUGUGCUGAAUUUUUGAAAGACUAUGAGGAAGAACACGUUGAUAUGACUGACCGAGACUUUAACAAAGUCAUUCCACAUGGUGACUCUCGUAUGAAAGCACAGCAACUACUGGCGACGAAGAGUGCUCAGUGGGUGCCUCUCAGCCCGGUGCCCUCCAGCAGCCUGGCUGCCAGCAGCCCACUCAGCAGUAGCAACCGCAGCACUGUGGAACGGGGCCAAACAAAGUCCCGGGAAAGUCAUCCAGAGACAGCAGCCUCCAGCAGAACAAAAGCACCAGUCACGACCUCAAUAACUGAUGAGUUAGAGCAAAGAUUAAUUAUUCAAAAUGAAAAAGAAGGCUCAGUUUAUUCCAGUCAUCCCAUAGGAAUGAAAAACCCUAAAGAGUCACCCAGCUCUCUGGGAUAUAUUGAAAAUGACAAAUCCCAGAUGAUGUCAGUGGUAAAGAAUGCAUGCCACAGAGAGUUUGAAGACUUACCAAAUGAGAAUCGUGAUGAAUUCUGCUUUCAAACAGACUUCCCAAACACUGGUGAAUUCAGUUGUUCAAUGUGUGCUACAGAUAAUGUGUUUCUUAUUGAUAAAACACUGACCAAUGAUGCAGACCAGUAUGGUAAACAAGAUGCCACAAACCUUGGACUAACCAGUUUUAAACAGGAGCCAACAGAGUGCCAAAGGAUUGCCUCAACAAAGCCAAAUGAUGGCGGAGAUAGAACUGACCCAGAAGCAGCUCACGAUCACCAAGUAGACAUAUUGCUCUCACCUCAGAAGCAGACAGCUUUAAAAGAUUGGAAUUUGGAAAUAAAUAGCCUCCACAAGUUAUCUGAGGAAUUGGCUCCAAGAGGUACAAGGGUCAGUGAUGGUUCCCAGGAGGAAGCAACUGACCAGUGGGCCAGGAGGAGGCAGCAAUUCAAAGAUGGCAAAAGAUGCAGCUCAGCAGGGGGCAGUUCAUUCGCCAGCAGCAUCACCGAAGGAUCCGUCACCUCAGAAGAUGGCUGUUCUGUGGAUCUUGGCUUUCGAGUUAAUCUUGAGGGAAGAGGAUUCUACAUGGAGAAUUUCCAUUCAGCAGCAUGGAUUUUCCAAGGGGAUGAUGGGAAUCCUGAAUACAGUCCCAGAUGUCUUAGUAAAAAGCCCCGGCCAGUAGCUGUUCGCGAGCGAACCGUGAGGCUAAUCAAAGGAACUGGUGAUUAUCCCUGGGGAUUCCGAAUUCAAUUCUCCAAACCCAUCGUAGUAACUGAAGUGGAUGCUAACAGUGCAGCAGAGGAAGCCGGGCUUCAGAUUGGAGAUAGGGUGCUGGCUAUCAACGGCACCGAGGUCACCAGUGCGGAGCAUGUGGACGCUGUGCACCUUGCAAGGAAAGGUCCAGACAUACUGACUCUGGUGGUGGGAUCAGAUAUCAGCCGCUGUCCUAGCUCCCCUUGGCCCACCUGCCGUGGCUACCUACAUAAGAGGACUCACUCUGGCUUCGUGAAGGGUUGGAGGAAGAGAUGGUUUGUGCUGAAGCAUGACAGCUGCCUCUGCUACUACAGACAUAAGAAGGAUGAAGGAAAAUGCCCGCCUCUAGAGGUAAUAAAAUUAGAAGGUGCAGAAGUUGGCAUUGACAGCAGUUUGGGAAAACCAUUUGUGUUCAACUGUGUGCCUCAGUCUGGCAAUAGAGCAUUUUGCCUGUGUGCCACCUCAAACCAAGAAAUGAAAAGAUGGCUUGAGGCAAUGGGCAAAGCGACCCAUCCUGUCCGCCAGAACCAUGUCUGGGAAGACGUUACUCUGCACAACAGUAGCCUCCCGCCCCUGGCUAUCAAGAGCCCAGAGUGCCUGGGCCUUUUGCACCGACUGGACUGCAGCACAGACAUGUGGGUCCAGCACUACUGCAUUCUCAAGGAUGGCUGCUUGUACUUCUAUGCUAGCAUUCGCUCCACUCAGGCCUCAGGUGGCCUGUAUCUACAAGGAUAUAGGGUGAACGAGCUAACCCUUAGCAUCAAGCAAUCAAUAAUUGAACUCAAACCUCCAUCAGAAGAGCUCAGGACUUUCUAUUUCUGUGCAGAAAAUAAGACAGAAAACCAAAGCUGGAUUGGAGCUCUGAAAAUGUCCAUCAAACAAUGGCUUCCUUUGCAUCAGGCUAUUCAGGAACUCAUGGGUCGGCCUCUAGAGGAGACCAGAAUGUGAAGAAACUCAAAUCUUAAGAGAAAUGAUCCACAAAAUCACCAGCUAGCUGUGGGAAGAGCAAAAACAUUUAGUAUUGUAUAGUUUUUAAAUGAAUACUUCCCUAAUAUCUUAAAACUUUAGGAUGAGAUCAUAAUUUGUUUUUGACCAGAGCACCAAAAUCUAAUAUGACAUUCAGAUAAUGCAACUUAUAUCAGCAUCAUUAAUAACCUCAUAUUUUUCCUCAGGCUGCCUUUGUUAGCAUCAAAAUAUAGUAUGCCUUGUACUCCUCUUUU